CUUCUUCACUUUCUUUCUUGCCCUCUCUCUCUCUUUCUUUCCUUCUUUCUUUCUAUCGCUCUCUCUCUUUCACUGUAUUAAUACCCUCUCUACACCAUGUUGUCUGUCUUUUUGGAUUCUAUUACAAAACCCUCUGAACUAAAAGCCUUGAUUGACUACAAGUUUUCUCCAAAGUCUAAAAACAAGUUGUCUCACCAAAAAGCUUUGGAAACAGAUGCCUCCAAGAAAAAGUGCUAUUAUUAUUUAAAUAAGACCUCUCGUAGUUUUGCUGCUGUCAUUCAAGAACUGGAUGAUGAUCUCAGGGAUGCUAUCUGUUUGUUUUAUCUUGUGUUGCGUGGUCUGGAUACCAUUGAAGAUGACAUGAGUUUGAACCUGGAUAGAAAAGUGGAACUUUUACGCUCAUUUGACACCAUCAUUUAUCAAAAAGGCUGGACAUUCAAUGAAAAUGGUCCUAAUGAAAAGGAUCGCGACUUAUUGGUUCAUUUCGAUGUGGUGAUUGAUGAAUUUCUUCGACUUAAGCCUGGAUUCCAAAAAGUGAUUGCUGAAAUUACACGAUUGAUGGGCAACGGUAUGGCUGAUUAUGCUACGGGUGAACAUCGGGAAAACACAUCGGUGGCUACUGUCAAGGACUUUGAUUUGUAUUGUCAUUAUGUAGCUGGUUUGGUGGGUUAUGGUUUAUCUGAUCUUUUUGCUGCCUCUGGUUUGGAAGAUCCUUCGAUUGCUGAUGACAAGAAACUCUCUAAUUCCAUGGGUCUGUUCUUGCAAAAGACCAAUAUUAUUCGUGAUUAUCGAGAAGAUUUGGAUGAUGGACGACAAUUCUGGCCAAAGGAAAUCUGGGGAAACUAUGCUGAUGACUUUUCUGAUUUUAUCAAACCUAGCCAUCGUGAAAAGUCUCGUGCUUGUUUGAGUGCCAUGGUAUUGAAUGUAUUGGAAUUAGUACCAGAUGUAUUGUCUUACUUGUCAAAAUUACAAAAUCAAUCUGUUUUCAACUUUUGCGCUAUUCCUCAAGUUAUGGCUAUUUCCACAUUGGCUUUAGUCUUUAACAAUUUGGAUGUGUAUCAACGUAACGUCAAGAUUCGAAAAGGAGAAGCUGUCAAGUUGAUUUUGGCCAGUACAGAUAUGGAUAAUGUGAUUGCCAUCUUCCGUGAAUAUAUUCAAGUCAUCUCUCAAAAGAACGAAACAUCGGAUCCUAACUUUUUAAAGAUCUCAAUGGCCGUUGGAAAGAUCGAACAAUGGAUUACUGCUAACGUGAAACCUACCAAGAAAUCUUUGAUCAAAACCAACAACAAUUCUUCAUCCAUCUUCUUGCCCAUUCUUGUUGGCCUCAUUGGUAUGGCUCUUGUUCAAUACUUCAAAUCUCUUUAGGAAGAAGACAUAAUACCAUCAUCAUCUACUACCACUAUUAUUAUUUAUUACUAUUUACUUUUGUCAUCUUUUGUGUUCCCCUUGUUUUACCUAUAUACUAUUAUUAGUUCACUUUUAUUUUUAUUAGUUUGAUAUAAUAGAUGAAUUUCGUCUCUCUCUCUCUCUCUUUUUUUUAUUAUUAUUUUUAUUAUCUUUCCUUCAGUUUAGUUUAUACACUAAUUUCUUCAUUCUUAUAUUGUAUCCUCUUGGGUUUUCAUCACACACACACAUAUAUAUAUAAAUCAAUAAAACUUCC